GAGCAUAGGAUGGAUCACUUGCCAUAUAUUGUUCUAGCUACUAUUUCUUCUACUUUCAAUAUAUCUCUAAGACAUAAAUAAAUAGCGUCUUUCACUGAGCAUGCGCAGAUGUAGGAACUAUGUAAUGCGUAAAGCUUGGCCACAACCGGCACAGUUUGCUGUCUAUGGACAGAAGACGAUAAUCUGAACUAACAUUACGUUAAGGAACAGGCGUUAUAGAGAGAUUGCAAGGAAAUUAAAUGUAUGACGACAGCGGGCUAUCUGACGAGCGUAGCCUGUACCGUUACAGGCUAGCUGGUAGGCCUUUUAAUUAGUUAUAACUUAACGUUAGUUAGCUAGAUGCCGGUAUCAGUGAUCUGAACCAGUCAUUAUUGUUUUGAUCUCUGGGCAGCGGCCAGCAUUGUCCGGUUCAUCGUGCUCAGCAUUGAUCGAUUGGAGAUUAUUGUGUGGCUUGGAUGAUUGCUUUAGUGAAACUGUGUUCCACUCACUUGAGAAAAGUGUUUUCUGUAGCUAGCUAUUUAGUAAGCUAACUGCUAGCUAGGUGUAACCGGAAUCCCAGUGAACCAAGAGGACAUUUUAAUCGGUAUAUCAGACUGAAAUCCUUAUUUUGGGUUUCAGAGUUAACGACGUUGUAGUUAACUACCAGCUAACAUAACUAGAUUACAAUAUGAAUUUGUUUACGUACAGUGUAACGUUAAAUGUCGAAGUGGUUUCUUGUUUUUAGAUACACAUAACAUUAAUGUUACAUUAGCUAACGUUACUCGACUAACGUUAUGUGGAUUUUAAAUGUGCGAUUUCCAGUACGCUUUUAAACGAAGACAAUAAGUGGGACCGAGGUGUCUUCGGCCGUUGAGUGAUCCGAGGUAAAAAAAGGCUUCGUUAACAUGUUCCAAUUCUGUUAGGCCGUCAAAUCAAGGCGUUGUGCGGUCCACGGUCAACUUGACUUCACUACCAGCUAGGCUACUUCAUAGCUAUCAAUCUGCUUGUCCCUUUGUCAUCGCAUGUUGAAAAACAGUGGCUGAAGUGGUUCCAGGCUGACCGAACUCGAUAAUGUCAUGAGCUGUCGGUGUCUAUUACCUGCUGCUGGAGUGUCCAUCAGAGUUCAACGGACUAACGUUAAGUAGCAAAGUGCACGACACCUGUGCGUGCCAAGUUUGUGCUAAGACAACAGGUCAGAAGGUAAGAGGGAUGCUGCGGUCCACGGCAUGUUUGGGAGGUGAUGAGGAGAGGGAGGAAGAGCAAGAGGAUGAGGGAGACGAGGACUUACGGGAUGGAGGAGUCCCAUUUUUCGUGAACCGGAGUGGGCUGCCAGUUAACGACGAGACGUGGGAGCGAAUGUGGCGGCACGUAGCUCGUAUACACCCGGAUGGCGAUGCAGUGUCAAAGAGGAUACGCGGAGCCAUCGACCUGCCUAAGAUUCCAAUACCAAGUGUGCCUACAUACCAGCCAACCAACAACAUCCCCCAGCGCCUGGAAGCAAUACAGAGAUACAUCAGGGACUUGCAGUACAAUCACACUGGAACACAGUUUUUUGAAAUCAAGAAAAGCAGGCCUCUCACAGCGUUGAUGGACAUUGCAAAGGAGAUGAUCAGAGAAGCCCUACCAAUCAAAUGUCUGGAAGCUGUGAUCCUUGGAAUUUACCUCACCAACAGUAUGACCACAGUGGAGCGCUUUCCGCUCAGCUUUAAGACUCAGUUCUCAGGGAGCCACUUCCGCCACAUUGUGUUGGGCAUCCACAGUGGUGGACGCUUUGGGGCGCUCGGCAUCAGCCGACGGGAGGACCUCAUGUUUAAACCACUGGAGUUCCGCACACUGGCCGACCUGGUGCAGGAGUUCCAGGGCGCAUAUCAUGGCUACUGGCAUACACUGCGUAAGGUGAAGAUUGGUCAGUACGUGUCGCAUGACCCCCAUAGUGUGGAGCAGAUUGAGUGGAAGCAUUCUGUCCUGGACGUGGAUAAGCUGUCCAAGGAGGAGCUAAGGAGGGAGCUGGAGAGACACACGCGGGACAUGAGGCUGAAGAUUGGGAAGGCGAUUCCACCGUCUCCCACCAAAGACAGGAAGCGAGACACUGGCUCACCACUACGGAACAAUGGAAGCCCCAUGCGCAGGAACAGCCGCAGUGACAGACGGCCGUCGGGGGAGAAGAAGACUCUGGAACCUAAGCCUCCAUCUGACAUGAACGGAUACCAGAUCAGGGUGUAAUAUGAGGAACAUGUACCAUCUGCUACAAGUGGAUGCCACUUAUAACUUGUUUUUUCUACUUUUUUUAUUUUCGUAUACAGUUGAUUGUACAGUUGAUAGAACUGUUGGAUUUUUUUCUACAAUCAGCCGAGUAUUUGGUCAUACAUUCUGACCAUCACAGGACUAAUUAUAAUAAAAUGCAGAGAAGACGUGUCUUUCAAGUACACAGGGUUUGGGUGAUUCUAUCAUAAGAGUGUGAUGUUUUGCUGUCGUUCAGAUUUUUAUCAGAAAGUUCUGUGCUCUGGUGACAUCCAAAAAUCUAGCGUCGCAUGGUGCCAGUGUCCAGAGCGUCAGAUCAUGAGUGUUCUCAGUAUGUUCUUUUGUACACAUAUACCUAUAGCCUUUAGCCCUGUUUCACAGCUUCCAACUUUUUGGAGACGUAUGUUUUGAUAUCACAUACCUAGUGCCAGGGUUCCCACGGUCAUGGAAAUCCCGGAUAAGUCAUUGAAUUUUAAAAUUUCAUUUUACAGGCCCGGAGAAGUCAAGAAAUUCAGUCAAUUUAUGUAAAGUUUUGGAAGUGUCAUGACAUUUUAUUUUGUUGUAUGUAGGUCUAAUGACAUGAAUUAUGUUAUUGUACUCUUUCAUUGAUGAUGUUUUCUUGUGUGAAUUUCUGCAGGGUGAUGUAGUUUCCAGAGCCUAACUAGCCUAUUAGAAAAGGAAGAUAUAUAAUUUUAAUUUAAUAAUUAGGCCCAACCUGUAGAGUAAAGUACACAAUUGUGUGUACUUCCAGGUUGUGAAGGGACAUGGAAAUGUCAUUACGGGUGCUUGAAGUCAUGGAAAAGUUUUGAAAUGUUGUUAACGAAAAUGGGUGGGAACCCUGUAGUGCCUUUGACUCAUUGUAAAGACAUUCACCCUCAGUGGUCUGGUCCCAUGACAGAAGCCACCACCGUGGAAAUCCAGAUUUGCCUCCUUGUUGCAGAUCUGUGUGGUCAUGAACACCGGUGUCAUAUCAGUGGUACAGGGCACAUUUUGCCUCCCUCUAAUGCCAUGCCGACCGCACUCCCAAAAAAAAAAUCAUCCAACAGGUUCAGUUUAAGUUAUGCAAUGUAUAGCAUAGUAAAUUGAGCACAACUCCUGGUCAUCUAAUCUAAGGCUUGGUAGGUUCCGUCCAGAAUUGAAUGGAAAAAUUCCAGGCAAAUAAUACUUUCUGAAACACAUUUUACAUGGCUGCACAAAUUAAGAACCAACUGUUUUGAGGCUUGACAGAGGGAAUGUGGAUCGCCUGGAUUUGGAUAAUUUUUUCGGGUUAGGUAAACCAAAACAGUCUGCAGAUGACCUCUGACCUCUUCUGAACAGAGCAGCAGCACCACCUUUAUUUGGCCCAAAGAGACCACCAUACUUAUAUAGAAUGCCAGCUCCAACCUUUAUAAUCUCAGUUUCAAAGGUGUCCUAGGUCAAAGUACAUAAUAGUGAGUCUAUGGGGAGGGUAGAGUACAACAACAAAUAUUUAUCUGGGACACCCUUGAAGUCUGAAACUUUGUUUGACUUGAUUGAUUCUUACUUCAUGAAGCCAUGUAACAUUUGAGUUUCAGCCUGUUAACCACAAUACUUAAUGACACCUAGUACCUGCCAUAACCUGAUGAGGGCAAACAUUUUCAUUACUUAGCUAUUAUUUUGAGAACAGUUUUGAAAUUUUGCAUGGCUGCAUGAAUUCCAUGGAACUUUAUUCAUGGAAAUUCUUGAUGUGACCUGCCAACCCCAAGCUGAGCCGGCAUGCAAUGGCCCUUAACGUAAUACCAUUAUCAGUACCAAAAAUAAGAAGAUAAAAUUAUUAUAAAGAUAAACUGUGGAUUAGAUUCAAAGCCUCUUGCUCUGUAUAUAUUUACAGAUUUUUGUUUAUGAACAAGGGGACAAUCAGAAAUGUUCCACAUAUUUGUGACUUUAUCUAACAGAAAACAUUUCAAAGCAUAUUUGACUAUAUGUGUGAUAUUAAAGGAAUUACACGAAUAAUUCCUCUACUAAAAAUGACCAGAUAACCUAAUUUCUUUGUAGAAGCCUGGGGGGUAUUCGUCGUACGUGUGGUUUAGUGACAAACCUGGAUAAAUUAACUCAGAGUAAGUGGUAAACCUAAUAAAAGAACCCCCAUUGGUCCAUUCCCCUAGCAAAACAACUUGAGAGCUCUUCUAUUAGGAGGUUUACCACUUACUCUGAGUUAACUUAUCCAGGUUUGUCACUAAACCACGUACGACAAAUACCCCCCUGGUGAAUUUAGGCAUCAGCAGCCAAAUGUCUACUGCAAAAUGCACCAAAUGCCUUCUCCCUGUCAUCUACAGCCCUUCAGUGUAUACACCAGUGUCAUGAUGCAUUCUGAUGUAAACAAGCAGUGUUAUUUUGCUAUCGUCCCUAUAAUUAGUAAAAUGCACCGGACUGACAACAGCAUCCUGCCAGCCUGUGACUAGCAUACCAGCAAUGCUGGGAGAAAAGAAGGAUGAAAUCAGCUUUACUAACGACCACUUUUUAUACAAUCGUUUUCCCAUUGAACACAGUUUUUCAGUUGUAUUCUAUCAAUGUCUUCACACUGUGCUUAGAGAUUCCUGUAGUGGGGCAAAAUAGAAUUGUAAUACAAAUUACAAACUGCAAUUUUGUAAAACAACGCGUAUGCUUCUUUGUGAUGGAUAAUCUGAUCUGUUUUUGUUCAAGCCAAACAUGUAUAGGAAAUGUAUAUAUAUACACCUGUUAAUCUGCAUAUCUCCCAUGACGCGAGCUGUGGUAUGGGUGUGUCUGCUGUUCAAUGCUUUGUGCUUCCCAACCCUAAUACCUUAAAACAUCGAAUUGGUGGUUAAGGAUACUAAUUAACCUUGGAGUCAAACAUCCUGUCAUAGCAGUUCCCCCAAUAGGCUGUCCGAAAGGAAUGGUGCAUAUUUCUUGGAAAAUUACAUGUUUAUUAACUAAAUGUAAAGCUGACAUUUUUCAUGGAUAAAAAAAAUAAUCCCUUAACCAGAAAACAUCAGGGUGGCUCAGAAAUCAGAAAAUGACUUGAGUAGAAAAUUGUUUCUGUGAGGUUCACAUCACAUAAUUCAGUUUGCUAUUGUUGUGUAAAAAAAAAAUGCCUUGGUGUAGCAGAGUUUAAAAUCUUCCAACAGGAGAACUACAACAGGAUUCCUUACUCUGCUCCAUUGUUCUUAUGUAUUAGCCAAAUAAAUGAGUCAAUUCAA